CGCGCAGAACGCUGCGGCAGAGAACGCAGCAGGAACUCACCACGGUAUGCGUGUUGGCUCCCAGAGCUGAGCAGCCGCGAUGUGGCACUGGGCUCUGGGACUAGGCUGGAAGCCGCUGCUGGUGCUGGCACUGACCAGCCUGCGAGGGGCGAGGGCUGCUGAGGAAGAACCGAGCGCAGAUGGGACCUUCCAGGUGAUUACCUUCAAAUGGCACCACGUCCAGGAUCCAUACAUCAUCGCGCUUUGGAUUCUCGUGGCAAGCUUGGCAAAAAUCGUCUUUCACCUGUCCCACAAGGUCACCAGUAUCGUCCCUGAGAGCGCUCUGCUCAUCGUUCUGGGCCUGGUGCUAGGCGGCAUCGUCUGGGCAGCUGACCACAUUGCCUCCUUCACACUCACACCCACGCUCUUCUUCUUCUACCUGCUGCCCCCUAUUGUGUUGGAUGCUGGAUACUUCAUGCCCAAUCGACUCUUCUUUGGUAACCUGGGCACCAUUCUGCUAUAUGCUGUCAUUGGCACUAUAUGGAAUGCAGCCACCACAGGAUUGUCCCUCUAUGGUGUCUUCCUCAGUGGCCUAAUGGGUGAGCUGAAGAUUGGACUACUGGAUUUCCUGCUUUUUGGUAGUCUCAUUGCUGCUGUGGACCCAGUGGCUGUGUUGGCUGUGUUUGAGGAAGUCCAUGUCAAUGAAGUUCUUUUCAUCAUUGUUUUUGGAGAGUCACUGCUGAAUGAUGCAGUGACUGUGGUCUUGUACAAUGUUUUUGAGUCUUUUGUGACGCUGGGUGGUGACAAGGUGACUGGCGUGGAUUGUGUGAAAGGCAUAGUGUCCUUCUUCGUGGUGAGCCUAGGGGGGACUCUGGUGGGUGUUAUCUUCGCCUUCCUGCUGUCCUUGGUGACUCGCUUCACCAAGCAUGUGCGUAUCAUCGAGCCUGGCUUCGUCUUUGUCAUUUCCUACCUGUCCUAUCUGACCUCCGAGAUGCUGUCCUUGUCAGCCAUCCUGGCCAUCACCUUCUGUGGCAUCUGCUGUCAGAAGUACGUGAAGGCCAACAUCUCAGAGCAGUCGGCCACCACUGUGCGCUACACCAUGAAGAUGCUGGCCAGUGGAGCAGAGACCAUUAUCUUCAUGUUCCUGGGCAUCUCAGCUGUGGACCCCCUCAUUUGGACAUGGAACACGGCUUUUGUGUUGCUGACGCUGGUCUUCAUUUCUGUAUACCGAGCCAUUGGUGUUGUUCUGCAGACCUGGAUCCUGAAUCGUUACCGCAUGGUGCAGCUAGAGACCAUUGACCAGGUGGUCAUGUCCUAUGGUGGCCUGCGUGGGGCCGUGGCCUACGCCUUGGUGGUACUUCUGGAUGAGAAAAAAGUCAAGGAGAAAAAUCUGUUUGUUAGCACCACUCUCAUCGUGGUCUUCUUCACAGUCAUCUUUCAGGGCCUGACCAUCAAGCCCCUGGUGCAGUGGCUAAAGGUGAAGAGGAGUGAGCAGCGUGAGCCGAAGCUCAACGAGAAGCUCCAUGGCCGGGCUUUCGACCACAUCCUCUCUGCCAUUGAGGACAUCUCAGGACAAAUUGGACACAAUUAUCUCAGAGAUAAGUGGUCCAAUUUUGAUAGGAAGUUCCUCAGCAAAGUCCUCAUGAGAAGAUCGGCUCAAAAAUCUCGAGAUCGGAUUCUGAACGUUUUCCAUGAGCUGAAUUUGAAGGAUGCUAUUAGCUAUGUGGCUGAGGGAGAGCGCCGUGGGUCCCUGGCCUUCAUUCGCUCCCCAAGUACGGACAAUAUGGUCAAUGUGGACUUCAGCACACCCCGCCCAUCUACUGUGGAAGCAUCUGUCUCCUAUCUCUUGAGGGAGAAUGUCAGUACUGUAUGCCUGGAUAUGCAGUCCUUGGAGCAGAGGCGGAGAAGCAUCCGUGACACUGAGGAUAUGGUUACCCACCACACACUGCAGCAGUACCUGUAUAAGCCUCGGCAGGAGUACAAGCAUCUCUAUAGUCGGCAUGAGCUAACACCCAACGAGGAUGAAAAGCAGGACAAGGAAAUCUUUCACAGGACCAUGAAGAAGCGUCUGGAGUCCUUUAAGUCAGCUAAGCUAGGCAUCAACCAGAACAAGAAGGGAGCCAAGUUGUACAAGAGGGAGCGUGCACAGAAGCGGAGGAACAGCAGCAUUCCUAAUGGGAAGCUGCCUAUGGAGAACCUGGCACACAACUUCAUCAUCAAGGAGAAAGAUUUGGAACUUUCAGAGCCUGAGGAGGCCACCAACUAUGAAGAGACCAGUGGGGGCAUCGAGUUUCUGGCCAAUGUCACCAAGGAUGUAACCUCUGACUCUGGGGCAGGAAUUGAUAAUCCUGUGUUCUCCCCUGACGAGGACCUGGAUCCAAGCAUCCUAUCCAGGGUGCCACCUUGGCUGUCCCCUGGGGAGACCGUGGUGCCCUCCCAGAGGGCCCGUGUCCAGAUUCCCAACUCUCCCAGCAACUUCCGCCGUCUGACACCAUUCCGCCUCAGCAACAAAUCAGUGGAUUCCUUCCUGCUGGCCGAUGGCCCCGAGGAACAGCUCCAACCCACUUCCCCUGAGUCCACACACAUGUAA